UUAUUCAUAAAGCAAGCGGAGCAAUACGCGGCAGCCCGACCCAAUUACCCGAUCAAACUCUUCGAAUUCAUCGCCUCGAAAACACCGUGCCACGACCUCGCCUGGGACGUCGGUGCCGGAAGUGGCCAAGCCUCACGAUCGCUUGCUGGAAUCUACAAGAACGUGAUUGCAACCGACACGAGCUCCAAGCAACUUGAAUUUGCUGCAAAGCUUCCCAACGUCCGUUACGAGCUCACUCCACCGACGAUGUCUUCGUCGGAGAUCGAGCAUCUGGUGGCGCCGGAAUCAUCGGUCGAUCUAGUCACCGUCGCUCAAGCCCUUCACUGGUUCGAACUCACGACCUUUUACAGCAACGUAAAACACGUGCUCAAGAAACCCAACGGAGUAAUCGCCGCCUGGUGCUACACCAAUCCGGAGGUUAACGCCGUCGUCGACGAGGUUUUCCGGCGGUUUUACGAGGAGAGGCUUGGACCGUAUUGGGAUAAAGCGAGGCGGCUCGUGGAGGAUGGGUACAGAGGAAUUGAGUUUCCGUUCGAGAAGAUCAUGGAUGAGUCAACGGAGAGUCAAAGUUUCCCGGUCAGGUUCGUGACGGAGAGAGAAAUGGGGAUUGAAGAUUACCUGACGUACCUGAGGUCAACUUCGGCGUACCAGACGGCUAAGGAGAAGGGUUUGGAGCUUUUGACGGCGGAGAUGGAAGGAGAGUUUGCUGGCUCGUGGAAGGAAGAUGGGAAAGAGAAGAAAGCUGUUAGGUUUCCGAUCUAUUUGUUGAUCGGUAGAGUCGGAGGAGAUGGUGUCUGA